AUAUUUUGUAUUUGGCAGAAAGUUGUAACCUUUUAUAUAAAACAUAUACUAAGAAAGUCAUACGCGUGCAUAGAAACACAAAUAUUUCAAAGAUGAAAUUGGUGAGAUUUCUGAUGAAGCUCAGUCAUGAGACUGUAACAGUUGAAUUAAAAAAUGGUACUCAAAUUCAUGGCACAAUUACUGGAGUGGAUGUGGCAAUGAAUACUCACUUGAAGAGCGUUAAAAUGACUAUUAAAAAUAGAGAUCCAGUCCACUUGGAGUCCUUAAGCAUUCGUGGCAACAAUAUUCGUUAUUUUAUAUUACCUGACAGUCUGCCAUUGGAAACGUUGCUUAUCGAUGAUACUCCGAAGUCGAAGUCCAAGAAGAAAGACAGCGGGCGUGUUGGAAAUCGUGGACGAGGCAGAGGCAGCCGUGGACGCGGUGGUCCAAGAGGACGUGGACGAGGCAGGGCUCCGGCUAGACGUUAAGUAUAUAGUUCAGAAACUGGAAAACAAAAUUUAUGUAUGAGUAACAAUUACAACUGCCCGGUACAAAUGAAAUUUGGGCAGAUUUUAAAAGAAAA